AUGGUUGUGAAUGGUGUGAGUCCUGAGGAAGGAGCAUUGCUUACCAAAGACAUUAGUGAUGUUCUCUUGAGCAACAGUCCCAAAGAAGAAGAAGGUUCCAGUGUAAACUUGAUGCCUCUCUCUGUUGCUGCUAGACUUGGAAUGACUGAUUUCAAGCCAACUAGGAUCUCUCUUAUCAUGGCUGAUCGAUCUAAAAGAAUCCCACAAGAACCUAUAGAUCCUCUUAUCUUGGGAAGAUCCUUCUUAGCUACAGCUGGUGCUAUCAUUGAUGUGAAGAAAGGGAAGAUAGAGCUUGAUUUGGGUGAUUUGUCAUGA